UCUGUGACAUCCAGGUACACAAGUUAGCGGCAUGCAUUCUAGUAAUUUCUCAGGCCAUUCUUACUUACUGUUAUUCUUUAUCCAGGACCAUUUCAUAUGUCGAGCAGAACUUCUCGCGGGAUCCCAUACGAACGUUUGCCAUGUGAAGAUGGUGUUGAUACUGCACGCGAGGGCAGCCUGGACAGUGAUAUCGCCUCACAGAAUGCCAUUCACGACGAGUUUCAGGACAGACAGCGUGUGGAACAAAGUCUGCUUCGUAAAGUCGACCUCAGGAUGUCCAUCCUCGUCCUCAUUUAUAUCUUAAACUAUAUCGAUCGCAAUAAUGCAGCUGCGGCUAGAUUACGCGGCUUCGAGGACGAUCUUCACUUAGAAGGACAACAAUUCAAUACCAUAUUGAGUAUUCUUUACGUCGGCUACACACUAAUGCAGGUACCAUCGAAUAUGUACUUGAACAAGAUAGGGAGGCCCUCCAUAUAUCUGCCGACAUGCAUGGCCAUAUGGGGUUUCAUAUCAGUUCUAACGGGAACUACGAAGGGCUUCCUUGGAGCUUUGUGCACUCGGUUUUUCCUGGGAUUCGUCGAGGCCGCAUUCUUUCCUGGUGCUUUAUUUCUACUAUCUAAAUGGUACAAGCGAAGAGAGCUCGGCCAACGAACAGCAAUACUAAGCUGUGGUAUUAUGAUCAGUAAUGCAUUCGGGUCACUCUUGGCAUCAGCCAUUCUGGACGGCAUGGACGGAAUUAUGGGCUUCGCAGCGUGGAGAUGGUUGUUUUACAUCGAAGGUUCUAUGACAAUUUGCGUUGCAAUAUGCGCCAUAUUCAUCCUUCCCGACUUCCCUACCACUACCACAACGUGUUCCUGGCUCACAACGGAAGAACAGGCUCUUGCUCAAUUGCGAAUGGAGGAAGAUGUCGGUGAAGAUGAUGAAACUGAGUUUUCCAAAGGUGAGGAAUCGGGUCUAAAGCAGGCAUUCUCAGAUUGGAAAGUCUGGUGGCUUGCACUUGCGAUGGCGAUCCUGAAUGUCUUGCUAUCAUUCAACGCCUUUUUUCCAACGUUGAGUGCAACACUGGGCUACAGUCCGACUGUGUCACUGUUGCUUUGCUCCCCACCUUGGCUGUUUGCAACACGUGCAGCAUUUUUGAUGUCAAGACAUUCCGAUGCAACAGGUGAACGUUUUGGUCACAUUGUGGUGCCUUUACUCGUCGGGAUCGCGGGGUUUAUGAUGGCCAUGGCGACUAUGAACACCGCAGUUAGAUACCUCUCAUUAUUUCUGAUGGCUCAGUCUUACACGGCGUUUGUCGUGUACUGGGCAUGGGCUAGCAACUCUAUUCCCCAUCCGACAUCAAAGCGAGCCGUAGCGCUUGCAUUCAUUAACGCAUUCUCAUCGUUGGGAAAUAUCGUUGGGUCCUAUGUCUGGCCAAAGUCAUGGGGUCCUUCGUAUUGGAACUCGUAUGCUAUCUGUAUAGGAAGCGGUGCGCUUUGCAUCAUAAUGUCGUGGAUAUUCAGGCAAUACUUGAUGCGAUUGAAUCAGGAGAUCGAAGCAAAGAAGAUAGAAGGAGGGUUGUCGAAGAAUUUCACAUAUCUGCUGUGAUUAAUGUUAUGGUGAGCAGGCUAAUAUCCAAUGCCUUUAACUACACACCACAUCGUAGUAGUCUACUUUCUUUUGUGUGUAGAAGUCGUCGUCGUCAUUUAAUCUUCGAUCGUUGUAUCAAUA